GCUCUCUAGAGAGAGCUCCUCCCCUCCAGGUAAAGCCACAUUCUCCUGGCAGGGCCCCCAGUCGCCUCACUGCAUACACACACACUCCACCCACAAACUGCACGCUGUAUACACAAGUCACACUGGAGAUAUACUCACUCUCAGUCCCAACCCCAAACAGACCCCGCCUCCUCUGUGGACUCCUAGACCGGCUCCUUUUACCACAUUCCCUAACCUGCCAGUGCCUGAAAGAAGACGAUAUGGGGGCUCCUCCACCUAAGGCAGAGGGGCCCAGGGUCCAACUCCAGAAACUUCUGGCCUCCUGGCUGCUCAGAGAGCAGGACUGGGAUCAGCAUCUGGACGAGGCCCACAUGCUGCAACAGAAGAGGAUCCGAGAGUCUCCACUGUUUCAGGCAGCCAAGGAAAAUGACCUGUGUGCCCUCAAGAAACUUCUGCUGGACCGAAGCUGUGAUUUCCGACAGAGAGGAGCCUUGGGGGAGACCGCGCUGCAUAUAGCGGCCCUCUAUGACAAUCUCGAGGCCGCCGUGGUGCUGAUAGAGGCUGCCCCGGAGCUGGUCAAGGAGCCCACCUUGUGUGAGCCAUUUGUAGGUCAGACCGCCCUGCACAUAGCCAUCGUGAACCAGAACGUGAACUUGGUGAGAGCCCUGCUUGCCCACGGGGCCAGCGUGUCUGCGAGAGCCACAGGCACGGCGUUCCGCCGCAGCCCCCGCAACCUCAUCUACUUUGGGGAGCACCCCUUGUCCUUUGCUGCCUGCGUGGGCAGUGAGGAGAUGGUGAGGCUGCUCAUUGAGCAUGGAGCUGACAUCCGGGCCCAGGACUCCCUGGGAAACACCGUGUUGCACAUCCUCGUCCUGCAGCCCAACAAGACCUUUGCCUGCCAGAUGUACAACCUGCUGCUGUCCUAUGAUGGGCGCAGGGACCACCUGCAGUCCCUGGACCUCGUGCCCAAUCACCAGGGUCUCACCCCCUUCAAGCUGGCCGGAGUGGAGGGCAACACCGUGAUGUUCCAGCACCUGAUGCAGAAGCGGAAGCACAUCCAGUGGACCUACGGGCCUCUGACCUCCACUCUCUAUGACCUCACCGAGAUCGACUCCUGGGGGGAGGACGUGUCCUUUCUAGAGCUGGUGAUUUCCUCCAAGAAGCGAGAGGCUCGCCAGAUCCUGGACCAGACCCCAGUGAAAGAGCUGGUGAGCCUCAAGUGGAAGAGAUACGGACAGCGGUACUUUCACAUUCUGGGUGCCCUGUACAUGCUCUAUAUGAUCUGUUUCACCGCCUGCUGCAUCUACCGCCCCCUCAAGUUCCGCUUGGGCAACCGCACAGAUCCCCGGGACAACACAGUCCUCCAGCAGAAACUGCUGCAGGAGGCCUAUGUGACUCAGCAGGAUAAGAUCCGUCUGGUGGGGGAACUGGUGACCAUCACGGGGGCUGUGAUCAUCCUGCUCCUGGAGAUCCCAGACAUCUUCAGGGUUGGUGCUUCUCGCUAUUUUGGACAGACUAUCCUCGGGGGACCGUUCCAUGUCAUCAUCAUCACCUAUGCCUGCAUGGUGCUGGUGACCAUGGUGAUGCGGCUCUCCAACAUGAACGGGGAGAUGGUGCCCAUGUCCAUUGCCCUGGUGCUGGGUUGGUGCAGUGUUAUGUACUUCGCUCGAGGAUUCCAGAUGCUUGGUCCCUUCACCAUCAUGAUACAGAAGAUGAUUUUUGGAGACUUAAUGCGCUUCUGCUGGCUGAUGGCUGUGGUUAUUCUGGGAUUUGCCUCAGCGUUCUAUGUCAUUUUCCAGACAGAGGACCCAUCCAACCUGGGGCAAUUCUAUGACUAUCCCAUGGCACUGUUCAGCACCUUUGAGCUUUUCCUCACCGUCAUUGAUGGGCCUGCCAACUACGAAGUGAACUUGCCCUUCAUGUUUGGCAUUGUCUACUUUGCCUUCACCAUCAUUGCCACGCUGCUCAUGCUCAACCUGUUCAUCGCCAUGAUGGGUGAUACACACUGGCGGGUGGCCCAUGAGCGGGAUGAGCUCUGGAGGGCCCAGGUGGUGGCCACCACAGUGAUGCUGGAGCGGAAGCUGCCUCGCUUCCUGUGGCCUCGCUCUGGGAUCUGCGGGUACCAGUAUGGGCUGGGGGACCGCUGGUUCCUGCGAGUUGAGAACCACCAUGAUCAAAAUCCUUUGCGAGUGCUUCGCUACGUGGAAGCUUUCAAGGGCUCAGACAAGGAGGAUGGACAAGAGCAGCUUUCUGAGAAACAGCCCUCUGUUUCUGUGAUCGAAAGUGGGACCCCAGCCAGAGCCUCUCUGGCCCCUCCAACGCCUUCCCUAUCCCGGACCACAUCUCACAGCAGCAGCAGCCACCGGGGCUGGGAGAUCCUGCGUCGCAACACAUUAGGACACAUGAAUCUUGGGCUGGACCUUGGCGAGGGAGAUGGAGAGGAAAAUAUCUAUCAUUUGUGAUGAGGACCCCUGUUACUAUUGGCCUGACAAACAGGUGGGCCUAAAUGGAGGGAAGUAUCUGAUUGUUUUGCCUGUUAAUCAUGAGAGGGGAUAGGCAGAAUAAUUCUUCAAGGUCAUGUCUCAUCCUUCACAUCAGCAUUUCUGGAGAUGGGCAAUGGACAUCUGUUGUCCCACAUAUCUUCUGGUUUCCUGGAAGUCCCACAUCUUGAGAAAAGAAGGUGUCUCUUAGAGCAAAGUUGGAUUUAGCCAUCAAAGACAUGAACUAGGGAUGCUAGACUAACAUCUGGAUCAUCUUUCUUUCUGCCUCAUGCAGGCACUAGAAAGUAGUGAGCGGUGAAGCCUGCUUGGUUCCACAAGGCUUAAUGUGGGAAGAUCCAGGCAUGGCACUGAGGUUAUGGCCCUUCCCUUUUCCCCUGUAGGACUCUCUCUCACCCUGCAACCAACCCCCAACUAGAAAACUGCAAUAAGAAAGGUUCUUUAUCCUUGCUUUAUUUUUCAGAAAUUUUAUUGUGGGAAGAUACACAUCACAUAAAUUUACUAUCUUAACCAUAUGUAGGUAUACAAUUCAGUGGCAUUAGGUACAUUUACACUGUUGCAUAAUGAUAACUACUAUUCAUCCACAGGAUGCUCUCAUCAUCUCAAACCAAAACUCUGGUACUCAUUAAACAUUAACUCCCCACUGUCCCCUCCACACAGUCCCUCAUAACCAAUAUUCCACUCCACGUCUAUGAAUUUGACUACUCUAGGUACCUCAUACAGGUGGAAUCAUUCAAUAUUAAUCCUAUUGUGUCUGGCUUAUUUCACUUAGCAUAAUAGUUUCAAGAUUCAUCCUUGUUGUAGCAGGCAUCAGAAUUUUAUUCCUUUUAAGGGUCAAAUAAUAUUUCAUUGUAUGGAUAUAUCACAUUUUAUUUAUCCAUUCAUCCACUGAUGGGUAUUAGGGUUGUUUCCACCUUUUGACUAUUAUGAGUAAUACUGCUAUGAACAUUGGCAUAUAAUUCUCUUCAAGUUCUUGCUUUCGAUUUCUUUGGGUGUAUCCUUAGCUGUGGAAUGGCUUGGACUUAUGGCAAUUAUUAUUUAAUUUUUUGAGGAACUGCCACACUUUGUUGUUUUUCUUUUCUUUCUUUCUUUCUUUCUUUCUUUCUUUCUUUCUUUCUUUCUUGUUUUCUCCUUCUCCUUCUUUUUGAUAAUAGCCAUCCUAAUGGAUAUGAAGUGGUAUCUCAUUGUGGUUUUGAUUUGUAUUUCCCCAAUGACUAAUGACAAUGAACAGCUUUUCAUAUGCUUAUUGGCCAUUUGUAUUUGGAGAAAUAUCUAUCAAAUCCUUCAUCUAUAUUUUGGAUUCUGUUUGUUUUUUGUUGUUUUUGAAUUGUAUUAUCCUUGCUUUUUGAGACUCAGAGUCUAAAGGGUUUGUAUCUCAUUUGUGUCUACAUGUAUUUUAAAUAAGUGGUAAAUUAUGCCUUUUGUGCUUGAACAGCUCAAUCAUUUCUUUAUGGGACUCUUCCCGGUCUGUCCCUCAGGUGGCUCAUUAGGAGCUAAUCACCCUUGUGCCUGGGGGUAGCAGAUUUCUGGCUGUGUCUCCUGCAGCAGCCAUCUUUUGCCCCCACCUCCCUCUUCCCCUGUGCUGAGUUUUGGGAUGGACAGCAACAAAGCAGGAUGGGCCAUCCCUCUCCAGGGAGGAAAGUGGGAGCUAGGUGUCCAGGGCACCCAGUACCAGGCUCUUGACAACCUCCCUCUUGUCUCCAGUCCUUUACGUCUCACCUCAACCCUAAUAUCACCCUCACCCAAAAGCCAUAAUAACUUUUAAGAGGACUGUGGUCUGGAAUAGCAAAGAGGUAAGUCGGAUUUGUGAAACCACAGGCAGGUUCAUCCAGAUACUCAUACAAAGCAUAGAUGAGUGUGGAACGGGGAGGAAUCACACGAAGGUACAGGCACAGGGUCCUACACACUUGACCACCAGUGGCAUGAUUUCUAAAAGUGCUUAGUCAUCAUGACUCCUCUUAUUUUCCUUACAAUGGAAGCACUUCCUCUCUUGUGUAAAGCUAAACUCUCAUCUGAGUCCCAGAUUCCGUUUCCUUUCUGUCUUUUCAGACAGCCAUAUCCAUCGCUGUUCUCUCUAUACUUCUCAUUUGUAUAUCUCUUCUCCUCCCUCUCCACUAGUUCCGGGGAUCAGCAAAUAAGGAUGUUCUAUUCUUUCCCAUCUCCAAAGAAAUGGAAAACACCCUCCCUCAACCCUUCCUCCUUUCAGCUACUGCCCUAUCUUUUCUACUCCCUAUUCAGGGCCAAACUUCUUAGAGAAGGCUUUAUUGUCUAUUGAUCUCAUGCUGAGUCCUCAACCCAUUGUGAUUUGACCUUGCCUCUCCAAGCUACUGACAUCUAUGAGGGAGGUUAUCUACCUUUGGCUAAGCCCACUGAACAGUCUCAGUCUUGCUUGAACUGUCGGUAGCCUUCAGACUACUGUCGACCACUCGCUAUCUCUCAGCAUGUCAGUGCCAUACACUCUUGUCACGCUGGCUGCUUCUCUUCUACAAAUCUCUUAAACAUUUUCGGUCCACAAGCCUCUCUGUUUUCCUCACCACCUGGGCAGUCUCACCUGCUUCUGUAGAUUGUAUUAACAUGCACAUGUUCAUGACUCCCCAUUCCCUAUCUUCGGUUCACAUCUGUCUCCUGAGCUCCAGGCAUGAACAGCUUGGAUGCCUAUCUAUCAGACAGCUGAACCUGGAUAUUUUACAGACACCUCAAACUCAACAUGUCCCAAACUGAAAACUGAACAGCUUUUUUUCCUCACCAAACCUGCUCCUCCGCCAGAGUUCCUGACCAAAUAAUAGGCAAAGUUGCCUAAGCCAGAACCUGGGCGUCGUCUUCAACAUGUUUCUGUUGACUCUUAAAUCCAGUAAAUCUCAAAUCUUGUGGAUUCUGUUCCCUAAAACAUCUGCUUCGCAAAGAAUUAAUUUUGGUUAGAUAAUGUAACACAUAGCACAAAAUUCAAAGAGCAUGCAAGAAAUACAGAGACAAAAAGCUUUCCUACUUCUGUGCUGGCCCCUUUGUUGUUCUUUCCAGGGACAUUCACUAAUAAAAGUGUAUUUAUCUUUCCAAGAAUACUCUGUAUAUCCAAGCGUAUGUAUGUACAUAUUCCUCUUAAAAAGACGUAUAAUGGCACAGUUUAUUAGAAAAAGUUUUUGCUUUUUUCACUUAAUACAAUUUGAAGAUUAUUCUAUACCAAUAUAAAACCUUCCAGUUGUCCCUGCCUCUCGGGACCCUACUGUACAGAAGGAGGUUCCUAACUGCUCUGUUUGUAUGUAGUCUCGGUCUUCUUCAAUCCAUCACCCACACUAUGGCCAGAAUGAUCUUUGUAAGAUGCAAGUCCUACCCCUAAGUAUGGUCCUUCUGGAAGCCUUCCAUAAGCCAAUGCUGGGCAACCCUCCAGCCUCCUCACACCUCUCUUCUCUCAGGCUCUAUUUCACCAAGCUGGAUUUCUAUCAGUUCCUGGAUAAGGCUGAGUUCUUCUUCUUCUUGGCCUUCACAGUCUCUAGAGCUUUCUACCUCCUUGCACUCUCCCUUCCAUCUUUGUAACUUCUAUUCAUUUGUUGGUCUCAGCCUAACGGUCAUACAUUGGUUGUAUGUGUAAUUGUGGGGAUGCUGACCCGUGGGCAAGGUUAAAGUCCAUCUACUCUAUGUUUCCAGACUACCUAUGUUUUCUUUUUAAUUACACAUCCUGCACAUUAUUGUACUUAUUUGUUCAAUGUCUGUCUUCUUUAGUAGACUGUAAGUGCCACAAAGACAAAGAUGGUGUCUAUUUUAUUCAUCAUUGUGUUCCCAGUGUCUGGUGUAAUUCCUAGUACAAUGUAGUAUGCAAUAAAUAUUCAUUAACUAGA